AUGGGGAGACUUCAUCUCACUUGUUUUGGACUUAUUAUCGGGAGGGACCAGUUCCUGGAGGAGGACACCAUGCUAGGUUUCUUUAACUACUUAACCUAUUUUCUGGCUGCUGGUGCUGUUAUUUUGGGAAUUGGUUUCUUUGCUUUGGCAUCAGCUUUGUGGUUCCUGAUUUGCAAACGAAGAGAAAUAUUUCAAAAUUCCAAAUUAACAGCAACCGAUAAGAGAUGCAGGCAAAGACCAGCAAAGGAGGAUCAAAGAAAAAAGGACGCAGAACAUAAAAAAGCAAUUAAAGACCACUCUAAAGAUGAAUCCUGCCUUGCAACAAAUAAGGCCUUUUUAGACCCAUCAGAGACUAGCUCAACAACAAAUUGCAGCAGUAUUACAGUAAGCUUAUCAACAUUACCGUCUGAUUCCUAUUACAGCCAAAGUGUAGAAGCAGCUGAUGACUGGUUUUCUGAUGAUUCUUUAAAGAAAAAGAACUCUCGAGUGCCUUUUCUAGGGGAACCUCUAAUGGAAAAAGUAUUUUCAUACUUAUCAACCAUUUCAUUAGAAGAAUGUACUGAAAAUGUACUGAAUGUGACACUUUUUGAUGAUCAAAAAGAUGACAGCGUUAAAGAAACGUUUUCCCGAAGAAAUACAGAGGUUGAAAUACAGAACCUUCAACGUAAUAUUGAAUGACUUUCUUCUUUUGAAACCUUGUAUAUAGUGAAAUCAGAAUCACCCUCUACCUCCCAACACACUAUGAUAAGAAAGGAGCAGCUAUGUUCACAGGCACCUGACUCAACCUAGAUGAAUCAGAGUUUCUCUCCAGCCUGAGAGACCAUUGGUCAAAUUUCUAUUUUUGAGUCUGAGGGCUUUCUGACACCCACCAUCCCUUCAUGAAGCAUGGCUAUAACCCCUGCCCUUGCUUGGUAAGGUACCCUUGUAUCCUAAUUAUAAGUUCUCCUUUUUGCUUAAGCUAGCAAUAUUUGAUUUCUAUUACUGGCCACCACCCCUGAGGCCUGGCUUUAACUGUUUUUCUUGGCUUUGGUAAUGUUCCCUUGUAACUUUAUAAUAAAUUCUCCUUUUUGCAUAAACUAGAGUUUAUUUCUGUUACUAUAACCAAACUGUCCUAACCAAAUUCUUGUCCAUAUUACAAAUAAGAUUUGUGCAUAUAAAGUAAUUCUUAUACUGU